CAUGCUCACGUGUUACUGGUAUUUCAAUUUCAGAUGACGAAAGAAAGCGUCUGCAAGAAGUACGCCGACGAAACCUUGAUUUUUCCUGGUGGUGUAAUGCCCAUCACCCUGACUGAGUUCGAGGUACCAGUCGAGCGUCUUCGCAAGGUGGCCAUCAUGAUGGCGUCGAUAAUGGACACGCUGGUCGCCGUUACGCAAGAACCGGGCCACGUCCGUCAGAACAGGACGGAUCUGGGGCUCGCCUUGGAGUACCCGGACUCAGCAGUGAAGAAAAACUCUGUGUACUUGCUCGACGGUGUAGACGCGAGCAAGCACCACUACCUCUACGUGUGGCUGAGGGAGCUGAGGAUCCGACACGCCCAGCCUCCGCUAGUCCAGGCCGCGCUGGAGGCCAUGAGGCUCGCUGGAGACCAGCCCGUCAGGCUGUACCAGAGGUUCAGGCCGCCGUACUACUACGAAGACGGACUCACAGCAUACAACUACGCCACACUGGGGCAGAUCCUAGCCCAGGGCGCCGUGGCGGAAUUGUCGUCCUCGAACAGCCCGGGCAUGGAAGCGGCGAAGGCGAGGUGGCGCACUUUCUGGAAUGAAAGGGCCGCGACCGACUUCAACGCCGCCUACUGCCUUCAGGCGACGAAGAAGAAGGAAUUCAUGGAGCGCCCCGUGGCACCAGUGAACGAAUCGGCGCAGAGCGGCGUGCCUCUACAGCGGGUGAUGGGUGCCCGACUGGCGUACCUCGCCUGGCGGAGGCUGCCGGGCAGCGGGAGCCACGGCCUGCCCAAGAUGUACCUGGCACCCAAAGUGCUCUUCUUCGUCCAGCACUGCAUCCUCGGCUGCUCUCGCAUGGGAUCCAUGGGCACCGAUAUGCCGGACGACGGCUGCGCGGUGCUGAUGCGCGACUGGGGAUCCAUUGCGGAAGCCAUUCCGUGCAAGCGCGAUCCGCUCUUGUUGCCCGUGCAGCAAUGCCGCUACAUUUGACGCAGGAUGCACCGCGCAGACGAGUGUGGCGACGAAGUGUCUGUGUGACUAUGUGUGUGUGUGUAACAGAGUUUGACAUUUCAUGUGUUUUAAGAAAAGAGGCGUUGAAUAAUCGUCAAUAACGUCUGCAUGGUAUCUCUUGGGUAUGUUAUUUCUCUAAGUAUAUAAAGUUUUGGCAGCGACAUGAUUGUUGUAACAUUUUCAUACAAUACGCUAUUGCGCGAAGUCAUAUGGGCUGUUGUGAGUGACUUAGCGAACACGAUCACUUGAUUCACGGCUAAACCAAUUGCUUCAUUUAACUGAA